AAAAAUGACCUAAGUCUUCUGUCAAUUGAAGCAAGCAAAUAGAAAAACAAAAACCACUUCCCAAAACGAAUUCUCAUUUCUCCUUUCGCUCCAAGAAAUCUGAAGUUUGAGAACCCAAACAAGAAGUCCUUUUCAGCGAUUUAUUCAUUCCUUGUUAAUUGGAAAGUCUGAAAUUGUUCAGAGUAUAAGACCUCCCACAAACUCUCUUCAUUUUCAUUCUUCCCAAAACAAUGCCUUCUUGAUUCCCUUAGAUUUUUCGGAUUCGGCUCGGACCAGCGGUUUUCUUCAUGGAUUCGUCUGUUACUCGAGCUCAAGCCUUCGGACAAGCCGAGAUUAACUGGGACAAGCUUGAUAAAACUAAGUUUUAUGUCGUAGGAGCAGGCCUCUUUACGGGGCUUACAAUGGGGUUGUACCCAGUCUCUGUUAUAAAAACCAGGCUGCAGGUUGCUUCAGGGGAUGCUGUUGAGAGAAAUGCAUUUUCUGUUAUCAAAGGCAUACUGAGAAUGGAUGGGAUUCCUGGUUUGUACAGAGGGUUUGGCACGGUCAUCACUGGUGCAGUUCCUGCCAGGAUUAUUUUCCUUACAGCUUUAGAGACUUCUAAAGUGGCUGCUUUCAAGAUGGUUGAGCCAUUUAAACUAGCUGAAACUACCCAGGCAGCUGUAGCAAAUGGAAUUGCUGGCCUGACUUCGGCACUUUUUUCUCAGGCUGUCUUUGUUCCAAUUGAUGUGGUUAGCCAAAAGUUGAUGGUACAAGGAUAUUCAGGCCAUCAGAAGUAUAAUGGGGGCCUGGAUGUUGCUCGUAAGAUUAUAAAGUCUGAUGGCAUUCGGGGGUUAUAUAGAGGUUUUGGUCUAUCUGUUAUGACUUAUGCACCAUCUAGUGCUGUAUGGUGGGCAAGUUACGGUUCAAACCAACGAUUCAUCUGGAGGGUCGUAGGGAAUGGCACCGACCUUGAGAAAGAAUCUCCUAGCCAGGGGACAAUAGUCGCAGUUCAAGCUACUGGAGCAAUUAUUGCAGGUGUUACAGCAUCCUGCAUCACAACUCCAAUGGACACAAUUAAAACUCGCUUACAGGUCUUGGAACAUGAAGGUAGAAAAACAACCACAAAACAAGUUUUCAAAGGUUUGAUUGCAGAUGAUGGUUGGAAAGGUUUAUACAGAGGGCUGGGUCCAAGGCUUUUCAGCAUGUCAGCAUGGGGAACCUCAAUGAUUUUAGCAUACGAAUAUCUGAAACGCUUGUGUGCUAAAGAUGGACAAAUAUGAUACUAUUAAUGCCAGACACCCUUGCUUCUUGCUGUAUGACUGGCUGAAGUUGGGAUGCAAAGCUGGCUAGAACUCAACACAUUAUUGACGACUGUCUUCAAUAUACUCCAAUAUACUUCAGAGAACGAUUGUAUUUCAAUUGAAAUCCUGAAAUAGCGUCACCAAUAAACUAGACUCAUUGGUUAUACUGUUAUGGGAAGCCAACCUCAGCCAUUAAACUAGAAUCCUCAUUUUUUUGGAUGUUCAUAUUUAAUCACUAAGAUUCUUUCAGGUUAGAUUCUUGUCCUUUUCUUUUGUUGGGAUACGACUGAAUCAAAUUUGAGGCUCUUGUAAGUGUAUUCCUUCUUGCUUGCCAUGGCAAGUAUAUCCUUAAUGCAAAAAAUCAUUUUGGUUGACGAGA